AUGCCCUUGAUCAAGGAUAAGCUCGCUCAGACAGAUGAUGAUGGAUGGAAGGAUAGGGAAGUUGCUGUUCUAUGUCUUAAUACUAUAGCAGAGGGAUGCAUGACUGGAUUGUAUUCCCACACUCCGGAGAUUUUCCACAUGCUGAUCCUGUUACUUGAUGAUAAGUUUCCUCUUGUAAGGAGAAUCACCUGUCAAACCAUUUCCCGAUAUAGCAAGUUCAUUGUUCAGAGCUGUGACCAUGAACAAUUUGCUAAGAUCAUCGUGGGCCUGCUUAGAAGGAUAUUAGAUACUAACAAAAAAGUUCAGGAGGCUGCACGUUCUGCCUUCAUGACGAUUGGGAAGGAUGCUGCAGAAUCAAAUGGAAUGGAAAUUAUUUUGGAGCAACUCAUCUUAGAACUUGGGAAACACCAGAUGCGAGACCUUUGGUUAAUUUCUGAGGCACUUUGCAGUCUUGCUAAUGUUGUUGGAGCAAAGCUAAACAAGGCAGAACAUCUGCACAUAGUUGUUCCUCCAUUGAUCGAGAAGUGGCAGCAACUUCAAAAAUCUAAUAAAGAUAUCUUGCCCCUACUUGAAUGCUUUACAUCUAUCGCACAGGCAGCGGGAUCCGGAUUUUUUCAGUUUGCUGAGCCAGUGUUUCAGAACAGCCUAGAUCUUAUCAAGUUCCAGCAGUUGGCAAAUGCUGAUCCUGCCGCACCUCACGAUAAAGAUUUCAUCGUCUACUCAUUGGACCUUUUGUUAGUACUUGCAGAAGCACUUGGUGCUGAUACUGAAAGCCUGGUAAAUUGA